AUGAACUAUCCCGAGGACGAGGAUGGUGCCUCCCCAGCCCUUUUGCCCACGAAAGUUGGCAACGGACCGAUUCCCCGCUUCGCAGAGCCGGAAGAAAAAGCGAUGCCGAUGCAUGUCCUCCCGUCCUUGAAUCAAUCACGGUUAUUCAUAUGUCAGCACCAAGGUUGUGAGGAAGCUUUCACGAAUAGAGAUCAACUGCGGCGGCACGGGUCGUUUCAUGCGGGAGAAAGGCAGCAUGUAUGUUGGGUCCCUGGAUGCCACAGGGCCUUUACGAGAAGCGAUGACCUACGCGCGCACACAAAGACACAUGGACGGCGAGGUGGGCGAAACCGCUAUGUUGCGACAUAUGACGUAACUAGCGAUGCCUAUGACCCGAGCUAUAGAGGAGAGCUGACUGCAGACGGGUGGCCGAUUUCCAAACCCACAAGCAACAAUAAUAAUGGUACAUUCAUGAGCCCAUCCGGGGAACAGGCAAAGAGUGGGCGGCGUGAUGAGGAUAAACCUGUAGGCAAAGUGUUUGCCCAGCUACAUGACGAGCUCACCUCCUUGUCACCCGCAGCGUACGAAAAUCUUCGCCGUGUGGCCGCUCAAUUUAUCCAGAAAACCACACCAGAAGAUAUAGCCAAGAUCAAAGUGGACCUCGCGAAUAUGAGUCGGGUGCAGAGGAGUUUCCUUAGAGUAUUGGAGCAGAAGUUUGCGGAAUUGCGAGCAGUCAACGAGGGAAUCUCUGUCGAUGGCAGAGGACCUGUAACGUCCUCGCCUGUUUGUUCUGAAGCUCAUAGGGAACAGGACACUCCGACCGAGCAGGUCGAUUCCAUGCAAGGCGCGAAUACAUUUGACAUACCUCUCCCCGGGACCAAUUUUCAACGACCGCCUCUACCACCGCUCCCACACUUCCCACCCGAUACUCGGCCAGUUGUUCACCCCGCAACGGUCACUGAUUCUGGAUAUGCCUCCCUACGACCUCAAAAGUUCACGGCAGGAGGAGUAGAGCGGUUGGCCUCGGCCAACCCCUCGAAUGGCCACGUCGCGACCCCUUCAGAGGCGAUACGAUCCGAGCGAGUGGGGGAUUCUGUUUUUGAGGAGACCGAGACAGCAGACGACGAUACGAGGAGCAUUUAUUCUGUGAUGACGAACCUUGGAACUUCCACAAUUGAUGGGUACGUGGCGGUGCUUGCCGAGGAGUUGGCUAGGAUGAUCCUCCUCCACGAACCGACCACGGAUGCUAUGGAGAGGAUAUAUGACUGCCUUCCACACUUGCUAACAGCUCUGUCCCUGAACAUCGGCACUGAAAGGUUUUCACGUAUGCAUUGGGAAGUUAUGGUUUUCAUUCACAAAUAUCGCAGAGAUAUAGCGAGCACUGUCAGAGAUAUUAUUUCUGAAGACCGUUCAGAGCAUAACAAACGAGACGCCUCUGAAGGAAUGACCCUACAGGAAAAAAUGGCUAGGUGGAUGCUCAACAGCGAGGAGGAUGGAGCCACUGCUUUGGCAAUACCCGACCUGGCGCAUCCCAGCGACUACAGUGAGCCGGAUAGUGAGCACAAUGCGGCGUUACCAGCAAUUCAGGCGUAUAGGGAUAUGAUCCAAUCCGCGCCGUCGUAUGCUAAACUUCUAGUGGACCUCCGCCGUGAGAUGACCAUACAGCCAUCGAAUCCAGACGUCCUGGCUGAAAUGCACAACCGAGUCAUUGCAAUGCUACCCCAGUCGCGAAGGAUCAGUAGGCGGGGUCCACCAGAGACCUUCUGCAUGACAUUCAACGUGGACUGGGAUCCAUUGGCGUUUGUUCGAGAGCAAGAGUACGAGGAGGAUCCGGAGAUUGCGAUUAGAGAUGCGAUCGUAGUCACAGGCGGCAUAGCAACAGCGCAGGCAACGACCUGCGUCGAAUAUCUGCAGCAGACAUGGCCCUCGCUUGGAGAGCAAAUCCUCAACCUGAUUGGAAAGGCCUUACGGCCUCCUUACACAUCCCUGACAUCAAAUCGUACUCCAGCCAUCUGCGUCUCCCUCGUGGCAGGCACAAUAAGCACGCCGCACUAUCUACAGGUCACCGUGGCUGGCCACGCGAGCUGGAUUGCUGAAAUCGCCCAGAUCACGGCGUGGAUGGGCUCUGCCCUACGGUCAUCCACAACUUCAGAUGGCAUUCAACUGUGUAGUCCUGCAAUCGGACAAGAUCCAGGGGACCCUACCUCUCAUGGAUUGACAUGUAGAAUCUCAUACUCUAUGGAGAGCCAGCCAAGAGAUCAGAUAUCCCUGAAUGGUAAGUGCUGGCAUGGCCUGUUCAGAGCCCCCGUGAUUGCCAAAGGGUUCCCAAUCUCUCGCAGACCAGCAUCCCGUCCUGGAUUGGAGAUACCACUGGGUAUGAUGGCAACUCUCACAGCCACGACGCAUCUUAAUUCCUUCAAUGGGAAAUGGGUUAUCAAAGGCUUCUCAACAAUGCUUCUACCGACACACUACGAGAAGGAUAUCAUGAUGUGGCAUUUAUUAUACGACGCAGAGGGGGAGCGGAUCUCUUACACUCAAGGUAUACAGUUGUCCGCGGUCGAAACACAUAUUUCCAGCUUUCAGACUGCUCGUCAUAUCCUAGGGUGGUGUUCUCGGAGUAGGCUAUAUGCAGGGUCCCAUGACGCGUCUUACAACGUGCAGCCUUCACGGCUUCCCGGGGUCCCCGAAAACUCCCCGUUAUACAAUACCUCGAUCUCAAUGGGUCAGAUCAUAACUCGAGGACCAUCGUUUUGUCUGGGCAAAAAAGACGUUCCAGUACACGUCACGCGCAACGGGUAUGCACGCAAACUGAAGUGGAUAUCCAAGAAGUUCGUGGUGCUCUGGGAUGAGGAAGAUCAGCGUGGAUGGCUGAUAAAUGGUACAAGUGCACUUCUGCAUCUUGUUCGAACAGCGCUUUACCGUGAUAAAGCGGGCGAGCUGUCAUCGCUGAUAGCUUUCGAUCCGGCCAAACUGGAAUACGCGCGCCCUUACCAGCCAGAAUCCGCAGCCUGGGUGCUCUCGAAUAAGGCCAACUUGACGCAGAGGAUUUAUGCUGGUGAUGAUGAACUCCCGACACACUUCCAAAACUAUGUCACUGGCUUCUACGACGUCUUGGAGAAGAUGAUCGACCAUCAGAUGUACACUUCCAACGCAAAUGAGAGCCCAGAUGCGUACACAUCUAGGUCGCAACUCAAAGGCUGGGACUUUGAUGACUUGGCCAGCGAGCGUGAUCCCAUUUAUCCUCGAGUGUCGCAGUUGGAUCGCGCUGGAAGGUCCUGGGCGGACCUUAUCAAGUCAAUACACGCAAUUACGCUGUUUGGCUGCAAGUUUGGAGAUAUCAUCCCGGUCAACAGAACGCAAAUGCACAAAGUGGUCUACACUACCUACCGGGCAAUCAUACCUGGCUGUUUCCCGCGGGGAUCUGAUGGAGAUCAUGACAGCCUGCCGAGGAGACCCGUCCUCUGCGCUGGUCCGUCUGACAGACUCAGUGAUAUGGCAUAUCCCGGAAGGAUCAUCGGCUACAUGCAAGUGUAG